CACACUGAGUGGGAUUUAAAAGGCCGUUCGGGCUGCGUCGGCGUCAUUUUCAAAAAAAAAAGUGUCGAGAGUGCCAAUAAUUUAUUGCACCGAGAUUUCGUGACGUGGCCUUUCAUCGGGAGUAACUCGUAUCUCGUCCUCGAAAAGAGUGGAUCGCAAUCAUGAAGUACUAUCUGCUGCUGGGGCUUUUGCUUUUGGCAGGUGUCAACCAAAUUGCUGCUGCUGAAGAUGAGGCCAGCACUGAGACCAUUGAUCUGGACCUGGGAUCCUUCAAGCAGGGCUCUCGCACAGACGCCGAAGCUCUGAAGCGUGAGGAGGAGGCAAUUCAACUCGAUGGCCUGAACGUGGCGCAACUGAAGGAACUGCGCGAAAAGGCCGAGAAGUUCACCUUCCAGACGGAGGUCAACCGAAUGAUGAAGCUGAUCAUUAACUCGCUGUACCGCAACAAGGAGAUCUUCCUUCGCGAGUUGAUCUCGAACGCCUCCGAUGCCAUCGACAAGAUCCGCCUGCUGGCGCUUACCGAUCCCAAGGCUCAGGAGACGAAUCCCGAGCUGCACAUCCGCAUCAAGGCCGACAAGGAGAACAAGGCACUGCACAUCAUGGACUCUGGCGUUGGUAUGACUCACCAAGAUUUGAUUAACAACCUGGGCACAAUUGCCAAGUCGGGCACUGCCGAUUUCCUGGCCAAGAUGCAGGAUCCCAGCAAGGCCGAGGGUUCGGAUCUCAACGACAUGAUUGGUCAGUUCGGUGUGGGCUUCUACUCCGCCUUCCUGGUGGCCGAUCGCGUGGUGGUGACCACCAAGCACAACGACGACAAGCAGUACAUCUGGGAGUCGGACGCCAACAGCUUCAGCAUCACCGAGGAUCCCCGCGGUGACACCCUGAAGCGAGGAUCCGUGAUCUCGCUGUACCUGAAGGACGAGGCCCAGGACUUCCUCGAGGAGGAGACCGUACGCGAGCUGAUCCGCAAGUAUUCGCAGUUCAUCAACUUCCCCAUCCUGAUGUGGUCCAGCAAAACCGUCGACGAGGAGGUGCCCAUUGAGGAGGAAGCCAAGCCGGAGAAGACCGAGGACGAUGUGGAGGACGAGGAUGCCAAGGUCGAAGAGGCCGCCGAUGACGACAAGCCCAAGACCAAGAAGGUGUCCAAGACCACCUGGGACUGGCUGCUGAUCAACGACAGCAAGCCCAUCUGGACUCGUAAGCCCGCCCAGGUGACCGAGGACGAGUACACCAGCUUCUACAAGAGCCUGACCAAAGACUCCAGCGAGCCCCUGACCCAGACGCACUUCAUUGCCGAGGGCGAGGUUACCUUCAAGAGUUUGCUGUAUGUGCCCAAGAUUCAGCCCUCCGAGUCCUUCAACCGCUAUGGCACCAACUCUGACAACAUCAAGCUGUACGUGCGUCGCGUCUUCAUCACCGACGAGUUCAAUGACAUGAUGCCCAACUACCUGAGCUUCAUUCGCGGCGUGGUCGACUCUGACGAUCUGCCCCUGAACGUUUCCCGCGAGACCCUCCAGCAGCACAAGCUGAUCAAGGUGAUCAAGAAGAAGCUGGUGCGCAAGGUGCUCGAUAUGCUGAAGAAGAUUGACAAGGAGGCCUAUGAGAAGUUCUGGAAGGAGUUCUCCACCAACAUCAAAUUGGGCGUGAUGGAGGACCCCAGCAACCGAUCACGUCUGGCCAAGCUGCUUCGUUUCCAGACCUCCAACGGCAAGGGAGUCACCUCGCUGGCCGAGUAUGUGGAGCGCAUGAAGUCGAAGCAGGAGCACAUCUACUACAUUGCCGGCUCCAACCGCGCUGAGGUCGAGAAAUCGCCGUUUGUGGAGCGUCUGCUGAGCAAGGGCUACGAGGUUCUGUAUUUGGUUGAGGCCGUCGAUGAAUACUGCAUUUCUGCCCUGCCCGAGUUCGAUGGCAAGAAGUUCCAGAACGUGGCCAAGGAGGGCUUCAAGCUGAACGAGUCCGAGAAGAGCAAGAAGAACUUUGAGGCUUUGCAGAGCAGCUUUGAGCCGCUCGUCAAGUGGCUGAACGAUGUGGCCCUGAAGGAUCUGAUCGCCAAGGCCCAGGUUUCGGAGCGUCUUAGCAACUCCCCCUGUGCUCUGGUGGCUGGUGUCUUCGGCUGGACCGGUAACAUGGAGCGCCUGGCCAUGUCCAAUGCCCACCAAAAGUCCGACGAUCCUCAGCGUACCUACUACCUCAACCAGAAGAAGACACUUGAGAUUAACCCCAGACAUCCCCUAAUGCGGGAGCUGCUGCGCCGCGUGGAGGCUGAUGAGGCCGAUGAUACCGCCAAGGAUAUGGCCCUGAUGAUGUUCCGCACCGCCACUCUGCGUUCGGGAUACAUGCUCCAGGAGACGUCCCAGUUCGCCGACAGUAUUGAGCAGAUGAUGCGCCAGACCCUGGGCGUGGACCAAAGCGAACAGGUCGAACUCGAUGAAGAGGACGAGGAGGACGAUGCCGAGGACAACAAGUCUGCGAGCGAGGAGAGCUCCAAUGCCGACGAUGAGGAGGAGGAGCAGCAGCACGACGAGCUGUAAGCAGGUGCAGCUCAUUACAGCCCACAUUACAGAUUGUACAUAAGGGGGUGUGGAAGUUAGACUGAGUUCAACGUUGAACCACCUGGCGGUCGUUUCAUAAUCAUUACUCUCUAGAUUCUAAGUAAAGCAAUUUCGUAAUCCUUCGCCGCCAGUCGUCCAGAGAGCACUCCAUUACACAACACCAGAACACCACACACACACUCGGAACAUUCGGCUUUCCUUUGUUUUUUUAAGGCAAAUGCUUGCAUGUAUUUAUAUAAAUGUAAUGCGUAAUACAGAACAGAUUCCAAACAAUGAAUAAAUGAAUAAAGAAAAACACGAA